UCCACACAGGAGGAUACAAGCAGCAGGGACAUAAGGACACCUACCUAUCCUGCAUUAUGACAACCAAUGGAACCAUAGAGAAUGGACUGUCCGACAAGAAGAUCCCUGUCCUUCCUCGACCCAUCCCCAACCUGGAGAUCCUGCACACUCAGAUAUUCCUUAACAAUGAGUGGCAUCAAUCAGUGAGCGGAAAAACCUUCCCUGUGUAUAACCCAGCUUCCGGCAAGAAGAUCUGCGAUGUGCAGGAGGCAGACAAGGCAGAUGUGGACAAAGCUGUUGAAGCAGCAAAAACAGCGUUUCACAAGGGAUCCCCAUGGAGGAGACUGGAUGCCAGUGGCAGGGGGAAGCUUCUUCACAAGCUGGCGGACCUUCUGGAGCGAGACAGAGUUAUUCUGGCUACUUUAGAAACAAUGGACACCGGAAAACCAUUCCUCCAUGCCUUCCUCAUAGACCUUGAGGGUUGUAUCCGGACCCUACGCUACUUUGCUGGAUGGGCUGACAAAAUACAGGGAAGGACAAUCCCGGUGGAUGAAAGUUACCUCUGCUUUACCGUCCAUGAGCCUAUUGGUGUUUGUGGAGCCAUCACACCGUGGAACUUUCCCCUGCUGAUGCUGAUUUGGAAGAUGGCCCCAGCUCUGUGCUGUGGAAACACUUUGGUGGCCAAGCCAGCUGAACAGACGCCACUCACAUCCCUCUUUGUGGGGUCGCUAAUUAAAGAGGCUGGGUUUCCUCCUGGUGUAGUUAAUAUUGUGCCCGGUUAUGGCCCCACGGCUGGGUCUGCCAUAUCUCACCACCCUGACAUUGACAAAGUUGCGUUCACUGGCUCUACAGAAGUUGGAAAACUGAUCAAAGAAGCAGCGUCUGCAAGUAAUCUGAAGCGUGUAACUCUAGAACUCGGGGGGAAAAACCCCUGCAUUGUCUUUGCUGAUGCUGAUUUGGAACUGGCUGUAGAAUGUGCUCAUCAAGGUGCCUUCUUUAAUCAAGGCCAGUGUUGCACAGCAGCCUCCCGAGUCUUUGUAGAGGAAUCUGUGUAUCCAGAAUUUGUCAGGAGGAGUGUGGAUUAUGCAAAGAGACGGCUUCUUGGGGAUCCUCUUGACCCUAAAACGGAACAGGGUCCACAGGUUGAUGAAGAGCAGUUCAACAAGGUGUUGGAAUAUAUACAGAGUGGAAAGGAUCAAGGUGCAAAAUUAGAGUGUGGUGGCUCUGCGGUUGGAGAACGAGGAUUUUUUAUUAAGCCCACUGUGUUCUCUGAAGUAACCGAUGACAUGAGGAUAGCAAAAGAAGAGAUUUUUGGACCUGUUCUAUCCAUUCUUAAAUUCAAGAGCAUAGAGGAAGUGAUAAAGAGAGCAAACAGCACAGACUAUGGACUGACCGCUGCAGUGUUCACAGAAAGCCUGGACAAGGCGCUCAGCAUCUCCUCCGCCCUGCAGUCUGGAACAGUAUGGAUUAAUUGUUACAAUGCUCUUCAUGCACAGACCCCAUUUGGAGGCUUCAAGAUGUCAGGAAACGGCAGAGAACUUGGUGAAUAUGCUCUGGCGGAGUACACAGAAGUUAAAACUGUGACAAUCAAAUUAUCAUCAAAGUCACUGUGAAGAAAGCAGGUUAAAAGUGAUGUUGAGAUGGUACAUUAUUCUGCUGCAGAAGGACACACAAAUAUAAAGGAAUUCACUGAAAAGGAGGAAUAUUUUAUCAUGAAACAUUCCAGAAAUGUCUUCACCAAUCUGACUCCUGGCUACGGACAUAUAUUAAUCCUUGUGAUUCAGCAGAGGAUACAGCCGUGUCUCAUACACCCUGCUUCUUCUAUAUUGCAUUUUUUAAAAUAUGCGGUCAGAACCCAUGACAUCUGAGUAUGUCACCAGGACAUGGACAACCCAGCUUUAGGAAAAUAUGGAGUGGAGUUCAUUUAACUUCAAGCCCAACUUACCUGUUACUUCCUUACUAAACUCAUGCCAUACCUUAACAGUGAUUUGGAUAAAAUAUUUGAAAUUUGGCAGAUCUAGAUGUUUUUGGCAAAGAAAUUUAGAAAAGGAAGCAAGCAGAUAUUGUAUUUGUGUUAAAUAGCCUCUCACUAGAAGUUUCCAUAACUCCCAAUCACUUCACAGGAGAGUGACCACUUCUGUUUGAUGGCUAUGACUUUUGUUUUGGAAUCAGUGGUGGUCCCAUAACCAAGCAGAUCCCCCAUGAAUGCCCCCUGGAAAUUCCCUUUCUUCCUGAAAAAUAUCUGUCACCAGUUUUAUGCUUCUCUGAGGGCAGUAUACAGUAAACUAGUAAUAUAUCUUAUUGAAAGACUGGGUCACUUGUUCUGCCCCAGUUGCUUUCCAUGUUGAGCAGCACCAGAGCGAGCCGAGCACUAGAAUCCACUCAAUGUAGUGUACUAGCUCAAGAGUCCUGAUAUUCAUGAGCUGCUAGCUCUCAUCUGCUGAUUGACAGCUUUCUCCCCAUACAUAGUGUAGGAGGAAAGCUGUCAACCAGUUGCGGAAGGGCAGGGACAGCCACAGCUCAUGAACAUCGGGACUCCAUCACUCAGGUCACAUUCGAACUUCUUACCAAGGAUUUUAAGAAAAUGACUGGGUCAAAAAAAGUUACAGAAUGGCAUACAAGAUUAUCCCUUUCACCAGAAUGAAAUGGCCAGCUUAGAGGGUUUACAGACACAUCUUAUUGGGCUAGUAGACAUCAUUUUACAAUUAGCUUUAUUAUGGCUUAAAGAGGACCUUUCACUUUUUUUUGAGAUGGCUGCAUUUCUCAGUGGGCAUCUCCUUCUCCCUGGCUGCGGAGUGGUCCAAUGGCAGCGGACCGCAUCACAGCCAGGGAGAAGGCGAACAGUUUUUUUCUCAAUGGGUGUGACGCUGUCCGCUCGAUUGGACUGCGCCACAGCCAUGGAGAAGGAGACGCCACCUGAGAAACGCAGCUAUCUCUUCCUCCCUGUACAGAUGCUCGGCAUUAACAUAUUAGGCGCCAAAACUUCGGGGAUCACAGUGGGGCAGAUGAGGGGUCUUUCAAAAAAAGAAAAAUUUCAGCAGCAUCAGCGGAGGGUACUCUCCAUGUAAAGGUGCUCAG